AUGGACAGUUGGUUACGACAAUCCGGAGCCGUAGGCCUAAACAGCCUAGAGCUCGCCGAUUUCCCCCUCACCGGGCGCGGCGUCAAGACCCUAAAACCUUUCAAAGACGGCGAGACAAUUCUCACCAUCCCCUCCAGCAUCCUCUGGACAGUCGAACAUGCCCACGCUGAUCCCCUUCUCGGACCCGCUCUGCGCGCUGCGCAACCACCUUUGUCUGUCGAGGACACCUUGGCUAUCUACCUUCUCUUCGUCCGAGCCCGCGAGUCCGGGUACGAGGGCCUGCGAAGCCAUGUGGCCGCGUUACCUGAGAGUUAUUCUUCCAGCAUCUAUUUUGAGGAGGACGAGUUGGAGGUUUGCGCCGGGACGUCGUUGUACACCAUCACGAAGCAACUGGAGCAGUCGAUCGAAGAGGAUCACAGGGCGUUAGUCGUGCGGUUGCUGGCGCUGAAUCCAGAUCUUUUUCCGCUGGACAAGUUUACGCUUGAAGAUUACAAAUGGGCUCUCUGCACCGUGUGGAGUCGUGCUAUGGACUUUGUGCUCCCCGGUGGGAAGUCGAUUCGACUUUUAGCGCCCUUUGCGGAUAUGUUAAACCACUCGCCCGACGUGAAACCAUGUCAUGUCUACGAUCCUUCAUCCGGGAAUCUCUCUGUCCUAGCAGGAAAAGAUUACGAAGCCGGAGAUCAGGUUUCUAUCUAUUACGGAUCCAUUCCCAAUAGCCGCCUGUUACGGCUGUACGGAUUUGUCUUGCCCGAUAACCCCAACGACAGCUAUGAUCUAGUCCUUUCAACCCACCCUAGCGCACCACUCUUCAAGCAAAAGCAAAAGCUUUGGACAUCGGCUGGACUCGAUUCAACCACUACCAUCCCCCUCACUCUCACCGAUCCGCUACCAAGAAACGUCCUUCGAUAUCUCCGCAUCCAGCGAUUGGAUGAAUCAAAUCUUAAUACCAUCACCCCCCAACGAAGCGGCGCUACGAACCAGAAAAUCAGCAAAUCCAACGAAAUCGAAAUCCUCCAGUUCCUAGCCGAAUCGUUCUCCUAUCUCCUCGACAGUUUCGGAACCCAACUAGAAAAGUUAAAACAGCAACUCACCGAAGGUGUCUACCCGCCAGGCGGGAACGCAUGGGCCGCGGCGCACGUCAGCUUGGGCGAACAGCGGGUGUUGAGGUUGGCAAGAAAGAGAGCGGAGGAGCUGCUAUCGGCGGUGGAGAGUGGGAGUGAUAAUGAUGUGGCGGGUUCGCUGUCGCAAUGUGCGAACUGCGGGACGGCGCCGGCGCAGUUGAUGUUGUGUGGGAGAUGCAAAUCGGUUGCGUACUGUGGGCGGACGUGUCAAGUUGCGCAUUUUAAGGAGCACAAGGGGAUAUGUCGGGUCGCUGCUUCGAAGAGUGGUAGUGGUGGGACGAAGUGA